AUGCUAAAUUGGAUCAAGAUUGAAUUCAAUCGCACUUAUUCGGUAGGCGACAGCCAAUGGUGUGCUCUCGUAUGGCACGUUGGUAGCGACAGAUUCCAUUAUUUUAACUUUGUGUGCGCCAUCAUACUGUUAAGAAAAGUAUUAAAUGGACCAAUCAGGUGCACGCUGACGUCCAUACAUGUCCAAACAUGCCCGUCCAUGCUGUCUUAAAGGAGGCCCACAGGGCCUCCUUUAAGACAGCAUGUGUUGGGCAGUACCCUAGGGUACUGUGCU